GGAUAGGGGCAAGGACAGUUACCCAAUAGUUUUAUGAGCAUGAUAACAAUGUUGUCCACAUCCCAUGGACUUGGCAAAGGCUUCUUCACCAGAUCCAAUAUCAAUCAAGCAUUUAUGGGAGAUUUUAGAAUGGCAUUAGUGCUUUCCACCCCCAUCAAUAAGGCGUGGGUUGAUUGACGUUCUGGUGGAAGAAUGGUGCUGCCUCCCAGAUGCUGGUAGAGUCUGCGGUUAUAAGCUGUCCUCUGUAGCACGUGGCCCAGUCCCAUUUUUAGCCGCUAUCUGUACAUUUAUUGGGUGCCAUUCUGUAUGUUAGCAUGUUUUAGCCAGUCGCUGGCCGAGGCAUCGAUCUGGGGAGGAGCAAAGAGAAAGUCCAAAGAAGGGGAAGUGCAGGAAGCAAUAGAGGCAGCGAGGGAAGACAAUGACCAUAAAAGUACAGGUGACCAUGCAACCUCACCACAGUUCUUUGUACCACAUCAGCACCCUCCAGCCUCGCUUGCCUCUCGAAUUGACCGACACGCCGGAACACCAUGUCUCACUUCGCUGGACCAAAUUAUUCUUGAGUGAGCACCAACUGGGAGCUGCCUACGCGAGCUGCAUGGAGGGGAACCGUGACCCUUUCCGGUUCUGGGGUCGCGGUUGGGACCAGGGCCUACUGGUCACCCCUCACGGCUUCCAGCAUGUUUAGUGUAGAUGAUGAGAGGGAGACCAUGCAGGGCCUGAACGACCGGCUGGCCUCCUACCUGGAGAAGGUGCGCGGCCUGGAGCAGGCUAACAACAAGCUGGAGCUGCAGAAUGGCGAAGCCCUGGAGAAGAGAUGCCUGGAAGUCAAUGACUACAGCCGUUACGAUGCCAUCUUGGAGGACCUGCGCAAACAGGUCUUGGAAAGGAUUUCAGGCAAAGAAAAUCUUGCUGUUAGUAUUAGCAAGCUGAUUUCGGAGGCUGAUGAUUUCCAGAUGAAAGAGGAGAUGGAGAAGAUGUUUUGGCAGUCUUCCGAGUCUGACAUAGCGGGCUUUAGAAAUUUGCUGGACAACAUCAACGGGACCCGGAUGAAGCUGGAAAAGGACAUCAAGGCCCUGAAUGAAGAGCUGACUUUGCUGAAGAAGAACCACAUGGAAAGAUGCACUAUGAGAAAAGUCAUAGGCGAGAUCAGGGCCAAGUUCGAGAAGAUGGCGCUAAAGAACCAGGAGGAGCUGAAAGCCAGCAAUGUUCUCAAGGUGUCUGAGGUGGAAGCGGAGGUAGCAGAGAACACAACGGCCCUGCAGGUGGCUCAGAAUGAGAGGAAGGAGAAGCACAGACUCAUGCAGUCCCUGGAGAUUGACAUCCAUUUCCAAAAAAGCCAGACUUGCAUGACAGCCUUCCCCCCCCCUCCCCUACAGAAAGGAUCACUGGAGGCCACACUGCGGGACACAGAGCUGCGCUACAACAUGGAGAUUGAGAAGUACAACAACAUCAUCCUGCAGCUGGAGACGGAGCUCACAGAGCUGCGCACCAACAUCCAGCACCAGACGCAAGAGUACGAGGCUCUGCUCAACAUCAAGAUGAAGCUGGAGGCCGAGAUCGCCACCUACAGGAGGCUGCUGGACGGCGGUGACUUCUAGUGAGCAAAGGGGGGGGGAUGUGACGAGCGAGGCGACAGCAUGGCUCAGCCCAAACUAAACUCAGGGGCCCAGCGGAAAUGAAGGCUCAUUACAUAGUUUCAAAGGAGGUUGGUUACUUGUGACUAAGGCCAGCAAAGAUUUUCCUUUCUGAUUGCCGGUCCUCCCGUGAGAUGCUCCACACUCAUGGCAGAAGAAUUGUACACAAGACUGCCACAGGAUUUCCUGGUCUGGAAGCAUUUCCACUGUCUGUGCUCCCCACGAUGACAGAGCAAGCUGGAGAAACUUCUGUCCAAUAUGCUGCUGGGAAAGUACAAUGGAGUGUGCUAGCCUACUGCAGGGCCCGCUGUGCUCUCACCAGCACAGCUCAGCUCAUUUUACUUGCAAAGGAACAGAUAAAAGAAGGAAAUAAGGCCUGUGUGUCAUUCUUAUACACACAUGGGCAAUAAUCCACAAAAUCACGUGUGUAUGUGGGUGUGUUUGCAUGUGAAUGCAAAUUGCUUCCACUUUCAUCCCUAUGCGCAGACUUGAAGAUGCCCUGGAGUAGCAGGCAGCACUGACCCGGCUAAAGAUGGUAGCACACCCUACUGGAAGGCAGUUUGGUAUCUGAGGUUACAGACAUCAAAGAACAGUCGUUCCCCUCCUCAGUUUCCCAUAGUAAACUCACAUAUUCAUAGACGGCCUCCAACCUUAAUCCAGACUUGAUGAGAACGAUGAGAACUUUUAAUGUGGCCAGAAGGGGAAUCCCAGGAUUGACAGAUGUCUAAAGAAAAACUACUGGCGGUGAAGCGAUCUUCUCAUCCUUUUAUCUCUCUGAACCACUGUCCCACGCUGUCUCUCAUCCGUGAAGUAACACUAAGGAGACUUAUACUGACAAA